CUUUUUCUCUAAACUGAACCAUCACACAGUCUUCAUGCUCCGAAUUUUAGUAUCAAGUGUCCUCAAGUAUUUUAAACAUUUUAAUCCAACUUUAACUAUUACUCAGUCUUCAUAACAUGAAGUGCUAGUAUACCCCCUCAAAUUCUGACAUCAUUAACUACAUAUGUAUGCACUUAAUCUAGGAUUUAUGGAGAAAUUGGAAAAUGAGUUGACUGAAAGUUGAGUUGGCAUUAUCUAGAUGAUGAAAUUUGUUUGGAUUUUUGUUUUCAUAUAAAAAAUAAUGAAAAUGAACAAAACAUCCGUAAAAUUAGUUGCAAAGCGUAAGAGAAAAUCAGAAGUUGACAGCCUUUUCGAUAAUCUUUCAUUCAUAUACUCAGAAAAAAGCUGUAGUCUUCCUAAAAUUGACUUGAUAAAUGCCAAAAAUGAUGGCAUAGAAUCACUAAAAACUCAUGGUGGCAGAAGAUGGUGUUUAGAUAGUACAUUAUAUUGUGACAGAGUAAUUGAUCAUAAUUCACAAAAGUUUUCAAUGGCUAUGGAAGAUCAUUCGCAAGUUAAUCAACAAAGUAACAAAGAUAAAGAAGAUAUGUUGUUUAAAUGUGUAAAAGCAGAUAAGAAUAUUUUACAAAAUAAGAAUAAAAAAAACAAAAGAAAAUCAGAGAUUGAUGCUCUAUUUGAUCAUCUUUCAUUUAUUUACUCAGAUAAAAAAUCUUGUCUUCCUAAAGAAGACAAGCAAGCAAGAAAACUUCCUAAUAAAGAGUUAGUUAAUGAUGAAAAUGAUAAAGAAUGGAGUUUGUACAAUAAAAUUGCUCAUUCAAGUGAGAUUAUUGAUCAUGAUACACCCAGAACACCCGAGAUCGCUGAGCAAUUACAAAUAAAUAAAAUUUUUAAUAAUGAUGCAAAUAAUAAUAUUUUAUUUGAAGGAAAUAAAGUUAAAAGUAAAAAUAAAGAAACUUUACAAACUCAAUUGAUUGGUGGUUCAAAAUUAGUGAAAAAAAAGAAUUUUAAAGUUGGAGAUGUUGUAAUUUGUUAUUUCAAAUACUUUGGAUGGUGGUUUGGAAAAAUUAUCCAACAUAACAAGCGUGCUGCAGAAGGCAAUUGUUGGGUAUCCUCAUUUGGUGACCAUAAAAUUUUAAUGGUUCCUCUGCACUCAUUAAGACACCAUUAUGAUUUUAGUAGCAAGUUCAAUCAAACUAAAAUGAAAAAACCUUUAUAUAAAAAAGCAGUUAAAGAAUUCUUAUCAGAGUUAGCUGAACAAAGUAAUUUCAAAAUAAUGUUUGGUCAGAAAGGGUAUCUUAAUGAAUUACUUGAAUGGGGAUUAAAUGGAUUUGCAGCACAUGUAAUUAAAGACAAAAAUAAACCAUGUCAAGGAAAUCUAGAUUUUACUAAUACUUCAUUGAAUCAAAGCAUUGAUUUUGUUAUAGAAUCUUCUGAUACAAGUAAUACAGAGUCUUCCAAAUUAACAAGUAAAGAUAAUUCUGAAAGUAUAGAUUUUUUGUUGAAAAAUUAUUCCUUAUCACCCAAUUUAGAAGAUUCAGAUAACUAUUUUUCUAGUGAUCAACAUAGUUCAAUAAACUCAUUUAAAAACAAUGAGGUGGAUUCCAAAAAAAGUUUAUGCAAAGUAAAAAAUAGGAGCAAAAUUAAUGUUUUAAAAUCUUCAAUUAUCAAUCAUACUGCACAAUCUACAAAUUUAGAAUGUCAAAACACGGUGAUAAAGAAUUCAGAAUGUGAAAAUAUUAAGAAAAAUAUAGAGAACUACAAUGCGCAAGAUUGGUUUUUAAAUAAAGUUGAUCAUGUCAGAAAGGACUGUUUAGAAAAAAUGACACAUACCAUUCAAAGAUCUCCUGAUAAAAUACUCUCUAACAUAGAACACAAUGAUGUGACAUGCAAAGAUUUUUUAUGCAACAGUAAACAUCCUUCUUUUCACAGCAACUCCACACCUCUUCAAACUAGUUGUUUAAAGGAGAAUUCAAAUCAAACAAUGAGACUUUAUAAAGAUGGUAUAAAAUUAGAUGUAACUUUACUGAAUGAAAAAACGCCAAAGCGUGCAUGUUCAAUUAAAAAUCAAACUCUAUCCAGUGUUUCACCUAACAAUGUAUCUUGCGCCUCUAUUACAAUUGGUAAAAAACAAAAGUGUGUAAUUGAAAAUAAGUAUUCCUCCAAAAAAAAUGAUAAAACCUGUGACAGAGAAAUAGGCAGUGAUUUUUUUCAGAUCAAAAUUGGGGAUCUGGUUUUAGGGAAACUAAAAGGGUAUGAUUGGUGGUUUGGAAUGGUAGUUUCACACAGAGUAAUUCGUCAAAGACCAGCAGCUAAUGACUGUCAUUGGAUUCGUUGGUAUGGUGAUCACAAAGUAUCUGAGGUUCAUCUCCAAAAUAUUGAGCUUCUUACAUCAUUUUCUAAUCGCUAUUUGCCUUCAAAAAUGCAAGGUCUCUAUUUGCGUGCUAUUAAAGAAUUGCUUGAAGAAGCUGCUAGGCGUUGUUGCAAGACUGACCUUCCAGAUGAUGAAAAACGGCUUGGUGUUCUUGUAGACUGGGCUUUAAAUGGUUUUCAACCAUAUGGUUUUGAUAAACUAUCAAUCGAAGAGACAUUGACAUUGGAAGACGAUGCGUUUAUACAAGAAGGUAGUGAGACAGAUAGUUUAACACACAAUGAAGGAGAACCUCUUCCAUCUCCUAUUUUAUCUGAGGAUGUAAAAGCCCUUUUUGACAAAGCAGCAAAUGGAAAUAUGGAUUUAAAUAAAAUAUGUUUAGGUUGUGGAGAUUUAAAGUGCAUAAUGGAACACCCUUUGUUCAUAGGUGGACUAUGUAAAGAGUGCAAGGAAUCGUUUAUGGAAACAGCAUACCUUUAUGAUGAAGAUGGGUCACAGAUGUAUUGUUCAAUUUGUAGUGAUGGAAGAGAGAUCAUUCUGUGUGAUGUUCCUGGUUGUUACCGAUCAUACUGUUCGGUCUGCCUUGAUAUGUUCUGUGGUGUUGGAUAUUCUAGAACUGUUUCAGCUGGUUUAGAUUGGCAUUGUUUUAUGUGUACUGGAGAAAAAGUACGUCUUAUCCAGAGGCGAGAUGAUUGGCAACAAAGAUUGAAAAAUGUUUUUUCAGUUAACAAUGAAGGAUAUCCACUACCAUUCUUCUAUGAUCCUGUACCAUUUGAAGAUCGUCCAUCCCUACGUGUUUUGUCUCUUUUUGAUGGUCUCAGUACUGGUUACUUGGCACUCAGUGAACUUGGCCUGGAUAUUUUAUCAUACCAGGCCUCUGAAAUUGAUCCUCUAGCUAUCAAAGUCAGCAAAGUUCACCAUAGUAUGCGGGUUGAACAGAUUGGAGAUGUACAAAAGAUUACAAAACAAGAUAUUGAAAAUUGGGGUCCUUUUGAUUUAGUGAUUGGUGGUAGUCCAUGUGAUGAGUUAUCAAUAGCAAAUCCUUUUCGCAAAGGAAUUUAUGAAGGCACGGGACAGCUGUUUUUUGAAUUUUAUCGCAUAUUAGAAUAUUGUAAACCUCAGCCGUUAACAGCUCGUCCGUUUUUUUGGUUGUUUGAAAAUGUUGUUGGAAUGCGAUAUACUGAUCGUGCCGUCAUAAGUCGAUUUCUACAGUGUCAUCCUGUUAUAAUAAACGCCAAAGAAAUUUCUGCACAGCAAAGAACACGCUAUUUUUGGGGUAACUUACCUGGCAUGAAUAGAGCUAUGUGUCCAUUACCAAGUGAUCGUCUUAAAUUGCAGCAGUGUUUAGAAAAAGAUUGCGGUAGAGUUGCAAAGUUUGACAAAGUUCGUUGCAUUACGACUUCUCAAAAUAGUUUAAAGCAAACAAAAGCAGCCAUGUUGCCUGUGAAAUGGACAAUAUCACGCAAUUCUCAGCUCGACGACGGACUUUGGUUAACUGAGAUUGAAAGAAUAUUUGGAUUUCCUGAUCACUAUACAGAUGUCGCAAAUAUGGGUCAGCGUGAUCGUCAAAAACUUCUCGGAAAAUCUUGGAGUGUUCCGGUUCUUAGACACCUUUUCGCUCCUCUUAGAAAUUACUUCAGGUCAAAAGUUUAUAUAGAUAAUUAUAACUCGAUGUUAUAAUGAAUGUGUCAGUUGCUAUUUUUUUACAGUUGCAUGUCUUUUAGUUAUAUUUUUAAUGGCUACUUAAAAUGUUAUAUAUUUUUAUUUUUUUAUUUUAGCUUUUGUUUUGUAAAAAUAGUUUUGUUGCUUCCGCAAUAACCUUUGAUUUUGUUUACUAUUUUUACUGUCGUCUUUAAGUUUUUUUAACCAGAAAACGUUCACCUUUGGCUAGAAAAUUUCAAACCUUUUUAAAUUUAUGAUUUUUAAUGCGUUUUAUUUAAAUUUUUAGUUAAAAAAUCUUAACCAUUUAUUUUUACUUUUACAUUUAUUUUAUCUUUUUUCAAUGUAUUAAAUUUUGUUAUGCGCCAUCAUUGUCACUCGUUUUUGUUAUUAUCUUUUCUUAUCCCACUGCAAACAAUUUUUGUGAGCUUUCUUAUUUUUUUAAUAUUUGUAUUCUUCUGGGAUGUUACUUUAGAUUAUCUUUUCUAUUUGCUGAUCUUAUAUACUAAACUAGUUUAGUUAAAAUCUAUAUUAAAAAAGACAUUUAUAAAUAUAUUUAUAGAAAAGUAUUUA